AUGGAGUCAAGUGAGAAGGAAUUAACUAAAUCUAAAAUUACACAAGGAUUCGAGUUAUCUUUUUCUUUUGACCCUGAAAAGUUAAAAGAGCCAUACUCAGAAAGAAAAAUUAUUUAUUGUUCAUGUGGGUCUGUUGUUACUUCUUCUCUUUGUCCUUUUUGUGGUAAGAAGUAUUCUUCAGUUACUCCUUUAAGAAAUGGGUUUGGUUUAUUCAAGUUAACCUCUGGGAAACAAACUAGUGAUAUUAAGACCCAUGUCUAUUGUAUUGAUAUUUCUGGCUCUAUGGAAGGCAAUAGAAUUUAUAGUAUUCAAUCAACAAUUAAAAAAAAGAUACAAGAAUUAGUUCUCGUACGUCCACAAGAUAAAGUUGCUAUUGUUUUAUUUGAAAGUGAUUGUUUUAUUAUUGGAGAUGGAAUGACUAAGACUAUCACAGUUGAUUCGGAUUCAUCUUUUGAAGAUAUUCAAGAUAUAAUAAAUAAAUAUCCUACUGUUCAUCCAAUUUCUGAAAGUUUCGAUUCUUUAAUGAACAAAAUAGAUUCAAUCAAGACUAAUGGAAGAACAGCUUCAAUUUCAGGAUUAUGGAUUUCUAUAUUGUUAGUAAUGAAGACAGGAGGUGAUGUUUUCUUCUGUACUGAUGGAAUGCAAAAUAAAGGGCUUGGUAUUGAUAGUGUUAGUAAAAUCACCCAAGCUUUAAAAUCGCAACAUGGAUCAACUGUUGUAAAUUUGUUUUUCUUUGAAGAUUGUGAUUCAUUUAUUGGUUCAUUCUCUAGUAUUGCAAGCAUAACUAAAGGUCGUGUUAGUUCAAUCAGACUAGACAACGUCAAAAAAGGAGUUGAUGCUGCUAUGAAAAGAGAGAAUUUAGGGUAUGAUGUUGAGUUUACUUAUAAACAUCCAAAAGGAAUUGAAUUAGACAAAGGAAUACAAUCAAUGCAUAUAGUUUCUUCUUCAGAAGCAAUUCCAAUCAGAUAUACUGUUACUAAUCCUGAUUUAAUUAAAAAAAUGUCUUCUCUUAAAGUUCAAGUUGUUAUGAAAUAUAAAGCACCUAAUGGAUCAGAAAUGAAAGCUGUUAUUGAGGGGUUAAUAGAUUUAGUAGAGACUGUUGGAAGUCAAGAUGUUAAAGUAGUAAUUUCAACAACGUUAAAUGUUAUUUCUCAAUUGGUAGAACAAAAUAACUUUAAAGAUGCUCGAGAUGAGUUAAAUAGACUUAAGACUUAUAAAUUCAAUAUUAGUGCUGAUGAAGAUAAGAUGUUUAAAGAAACUCUUCCUUAUCUUGAAUCCUUUAUUGAACAAGGACAAUCUGGGGCAAUUCCAAAAGAUCAAGUCGUUGCAGUAUUAAAUAACAUGAGAUCAAUUAAACCCAGUGAUAUUUCAACCAAAUAA